CCUCUCCCUCUCUGUCUUUAUGACAUGCUUCUCUGUGUAGCUUUGGCUGUCCUAGAAUUUGCUCUAUAGACCAAGCUGACCUUACACUCCCAGAUUCUUCCCUGGCUCUACCUCUGAAGUGCUAGGACUAAAGGUGUGCCAUCACCACACAGCUCACCCCUGUUAGGAUUUGUCUCAGCUCCACCCCAGUAACCUGGCAAUAGCCAGGUGUGCCUGACUCACUAUAAAGGGGGCUGUACACCCCUCCUCUCUCUUGCCUUCUAGCUCUAACUCUGUCCUCUCCUCCCUUCUUCCCUUUCUCCCCAUUCCCCUCCACCUUCUCUCUCCUCUUGCUCAUGGUCGCCCUCUACUUCUCUGCCCUCCUGCUCCUUCUUCUCCUCUUUCUUUCUGUGUCUCUAAUACCCUCUCAACUCCUGUUCCCAUAUCCUGAAUAAACUUUAUUCUAUACUAUACCUGCUGGUCCCUCAGAGAAGAAAUUCCUCAGCAUGGGCCCACAGCACCCCCUUUCCCACUCCUUACCACAUAUCCAUCAAACAUAUUCCCCCCAUAUCUCUCUCUCUCUCUCUCUCUCUCUCUCUCUCUCUCUCUCUCUCUCUCUCUCUCUUUUGGUUCUUUUUCUCGGAGCUGGGGACCGAACCCAGGGUCUUGCGCUUCCUAGGUAAGCACUCUACCACUGAGCUAAAUCCCCAGCCCUCUCUCUCUUUUUAUAAACACAAUAAUCCCUUCUUAAAAUUGAUGAGGCUUUGGUUUUUCUGCUAUUCUCUCUAGCCACUCUCUGAGACAUAGCCCCAGUCCUUUGAUUCCCCAGUAAAACUUUCUUUCUACCCACUGAGUAGUCUAGUUUGGUCGUUUCACUAAAUCCUGGCUUACACACACAGAAAUAAUAAUAAUUUGUUCAUAUUAACCAGUGUUUGGUCAUUUUUACUAGGUGUUUGACAUGGAGGUAUGUCAAAAGGUCUAUCAUAAAAGGAAUAUAUGUCAGCAAAAGUGUAUAAAGAGUUAAAUGAAUAUGUAAAUGGUGAUAAGAAGAUAGAUGGAGAUGUAAUAUAUAAGUCCAUUAGGAAUACCAACUUUGAAGUUCAGAUGGCACAUUAAAUGCUUCCUUUGAAUAUUUGUUCUUUAAUUCACCUAUUCAUUAGCAAAAUUUUCAAGUACUUCCUUUUGUCAUCAGUUGGUGCUUGGCUACAGUCCUGCAAGAGAUGGAAAUCUGAAGAAAAGCGAAAGUAGAAAUAUAGUUUGAGAAAAAAUAAAAGGCAUUUUCAUAAAAUGAAGUCAAGGUUAAUAAAAAUGUUCAUCAAAGAUGUUUACGGAAGAGAGAUCUCAUACCUGACACAGUAAUUGAAGAACCAACCUGCCUCUAGCCUAGUCUUAAAAGCCAUCUGACAUUAAAGACAAACUAGGUCUGUUUAUGAUUAAACUUCUGUUUUCUAAGUUGCACCUGUAACUUUAACCAUAAAUGUUUUUCUACUGCCUGUUCCAGGAAUGGCAAUCAUGUCAUUGUUUCAAAAAGUUGUUUAUAACCAUCUUGCAAUACUACCUUUGUUUCAAAAGCUUAUAAGACCACCUAGACUACCUGUUGUUUUGACUACCUUGUUAUGCCCACCUUGCAACCCUGUCUUUUGUUUCAGGUCAUUGGAAAUGACUUGUUAUGUCUAUGUUCUGCUCCUGUAACCUCGCCUAUUUUGCCCCCCAAAUCUCCCAUUUGGAAGAUGCUCUACCUUUGAGCUAUAAAAACCUUGUCUUCCUCACAUCCAAUGCUGACCUCUUGAACCCUGCCUUUGGAGGAGGCAGCCUGUGUACACAAAUUUUAAAACGCUUACUUUAAUUGUUUGCUUUAAUUAACUUGACCAUGAUGAUUUGGGUUGGUGGUCUUUCUCCUCCCACCUUUGGGUUUAACAAAACAAACACUACGGUUAUAUAGAAAGAACAGAGACUGACUACUACCAAGUCUUGGAGUUUAAUUUUAAAAAAUGAAGCUAGAAUUUGAACAGGAGAUAUUUUGACUGUGAAGGCCUACAAAAUUGUAUACACAUAGUAGAAGUGUAACUGUCUAUCUUGUGGAAAAAUAUCUGUGUAGAGUCUAUCUGAGAUCUGGUGAGAACUAAGUUAUGUAACAGAAAGAAAACAACUGGUAGAGGGAGAGGUCGGUCUGAUAUUGAUUUAAAGAACAAACAAACAAACAAAAAACCCAAAGAAACUCAGUAAGGGGUCAUCAUGACAGAAUAACAAUUAAGAGAAGAUCAGGAAGAGACACUAGCAUCCUGGUAAACGGAAAGAGUACUUGACAUAGCAAAGAGGGACUACACAGGGAGUGCUGCCUGGAAGCCAGCAAAGAAGGACAUUGUGGAAAGAUAAAUUAAAAAAUGGGUAGAAUCACUAGAUUUUGUUACUAAUGCAUAAAUAUAUUUUCAUAAAAGGUACCAGACUUCUUUAGUAAUUACUAAGGUUUUAGGAAUAGCUAUGCGAGAGAAUGUGAGAACCUAUAAGUCAGAGUCUGCAAGCAAAACAAAGACCAUAGAUGUUCUUCUUAAACAUGAGCCCCACCUAGUAAGGUCAUUUGAUUAUCCCCUUUGUGCCUGGAUCUGACCAAAGAAUCAAAAUAAGGAAGUCAUGCCAAAACCCAAACAAACAAAAAACAACAACAACAAAACAAAAACAAAGAUGAAAAAAAUGAAAAAAGUUUUUAAAACAAUAGCAUCAUUGAAAUGAUAAUGCACAGGUAGGUCUAAGCACAGCCUUUAAGUGAAAGAAUGCAAUUGCUGAGAACUGGAAAGGUGGCAGAACUCACCAUGUUCAGCAACCUGAGGGUCCUACUAUCCUUUAGGCCACCUUUGUAUUUAAAUGAAAUGAGGGCAGGACCACUCCAAGGUAUGGUUGAGAAGGUUUUUAACUGUAGAUAUGAGGGAGGACAGUCAGAGACAUCUGCAAGACUACAGAGGGGGAAAACAGUGACCUGAACAUGGCCAGUAGACUGAACCCACCCCUAAUUGGAGGGGGUAGAAGAGAGGAGGAGACACAGGUGAGAGAAGGGAUCAAGAAAGCCAAGGGAACCAACAGGACUAAGAAGGGAGAAGAGAACAACACAUGGCCAAAAUGGCAGGUUUUCCUAGGAAAGAGAAGCUGGGGGAAGGGAAGCUAAAUCAAUGGACUGGAGAGGUUUAAUGGGGGCUUGGUGAGAAGAACUGAGUGGGGCCCUAGGUACCAAACACCUAGCUAGCAGCAUGCACUUUGGUAUGCUAAUGGACACCUCAGUUAGCCAACUGACAGUGUUCCUGUUCUUUCCCACAUGACUGUAAGUCUACACACUCUUCAGGGGUCUGCAGUUUGAAGCAUUCCUAAGCCCAGGGUAAAGACACACGAACACUGGCGUUUAUACUAUCUCCUCUGUAGUCUGUUACCAGCUGUCUCCUCUCCAAAUUAGGGAGUAUCACUGGGUUUGUGCCUUUCAUUCUCUUCUUGUGACAUUGAAGGCAAAGCUAUAAAACUUUCACCUGUUAGUGAUUUCUCAAGUGCCUCUGGAAUGCACCAAGGCUGAAACUGAUGAGAUCACAACCUUUGUGAGCAAUUUUAAUACAGUUCUGAUGGAAGUAAGCAUCCCAAUGUCCUUAUGCAGAAAAAGUCUAUUCAGACACAGACAGAUAUCCAAGUUUCUCUUCUGUAUGUUGACUUAGAUUCCUUCAUCCAUAGGAAAAGUGGAUCGUGUCAUUUUCAGGAAAAUGGUUGGAAUACGAGGUCAUCUUGUUAAGUAAAAUAAAAGACUUAGAAAGACAAAUACUGUGUCUUCUCUUUUAUCAGAGGGUCUCAGCUUGUGGGUUGCAAAUAACCCUUUCACAGGGGUUGCAUAUCAGAGAUCCUGCAAUCAGAUAUUUACUUCACAAUUCAUAACAGUAGCAAAAUUACAGUUAUUAAGGAAUUUUAUAUGUAACAAAAUAAUUUUAUGGUUGGGGAAUCACCUCAACAUGAGGUUGUAUUAAAGGGUCACAGCAUUAGGAAGGUUUUGAACCACUAUUUUAUAUGCUUAUAUUUGGAAUCUAGAUUUAAAAAAAUAAGAAAGUUCUCAGACUAUUUAGAAAGAAGGAGGUUAACACCAGUGAAGAGGGAUAGACAUUAAAGGAGGGGUGAUGUGAGCAAAGGAAACACAGUAUACAUGUAAGAACAUGCCACUAUGAAACCCAUCAUUUUAUAUGAUAGAGCAUAAUAAAAAAGUGCACUUAAAUGCUUACAUACUUGUACAUUCUUAUGCAUUUGACUUAAGGAUAUUACCUAGCCAUUAAUCUAUUAAAGUAGUCAACAUAUUAAUAAUGUCUGUCUUAAUAUUAAAUUUUUAUUCCCCACUAGGUUAUACAAUUUGGAAAAAUCCACAGAUUUUAAAUUUGUGUAAAAAUCAAAAUUCUUUAUUCAUAAAAAACUGAUCAAAGGAAUAUAGUAGAGCUUAAGGUAAAAAUGUAUAAUUCAACAGAGCCAAUAUAAAUAAAUGAAGUCGUUGGAGUUCAAGAGUAAUAAGAAUUAUAGCAGACAAAAUAUCUUUAUUAAAGUGAUGUUAGCUAAUUUCACAGGACAAAUUGGCUGAUACCAUAGGAAGGCAGGUAGUACACUAUUAUAGAUAAAUGUACUGUUUCUUAAACAAAAUUCCCUAAAACUUGGCUAAAGUUGGAUAACACUUUCAAAACAAAAGAUUGACACUUGGUCAUUUAAAACUGGUUCCAAAUUGCUGUAAAGUCAAGAGGACAAUGUUAAAAUACAUAUCCAUAGUGCUAUGAUUUAGACCUCUCCCCUUAAUGUUCACAUUCUAAAAUCCUACAUCCAAAGCAAUAGAUUAGCAGGGGGAGCCUUUCAGACAGUUGAUUAGGGAUUUACCUUUAUAAAUUAAGCCUGGCAAAGCCUGUACCAUUCUAGUGGGUCUCAACCUUCCUAAUGCUUUGACUCUUUAAGAUAGUUCCUCAUGUUGUGGUGACCCCCAACCAUAAAAUUAUUUUUGUGAAUAUUUCAUAACUGUAAUUUUGCUGAUGUUAUAUGAAUUAUAAUGUAAAUAUCUAUGCAGCAUAUUUAAUAUAUAAUUCCUUCGAAAGCAUCAUUCAGUACUAAUCGGGUUGUGAUCCACAAGUUGAAAACCACUGCUCUGGAAAGUAAGGACACCUCUAAGCAUGAACUAGGAAGUAGACUUCACCACCCAUUGACUCUGCUAGUAAGCAGGACUUAAUACUACUGUCUGCAUUAGUUCCUGUCUCCAGGUUCCUGCCCUGAUGUCAUUGAUGAUUAACUAUAAUACAGAAAUAUAAGUGAAAUUAACUCUACUGCCCCAAGUUGCUUUUUGUCAUAGUGUUUCAAAACAUCAAUAAAUAAAAAAAAUCUAAAAGAUAAUCACCUACAACAGAAGCCCCUUUAAAAAGCUAAGCCCCAGCAGUCCACCUGCAAUGGCCUGUGUUCCCAAACUUCCUUUAUUCCUUGGGGACUCCACAGACCCUAAGACAACUCAGUCUUGUUCUCUCUCCCUAUCCUUUUGUGUCAGCCUGCAAUACCCGGGGUACUCUUUAGGUGAGAACCUGCCGGCCAAUGCUUGCCUGGAGGUUCUCAGGUUCAGGAAUGUGAUCUUCACUUUCCUCCCUGUACACCACUGUAAAUUUCCCAGUCUCAUUCUCAGUCCUGUAGCAGACCAUCUGCAGGGGCCUGCCUUCCUUCUCUGACUUGAGUUCCUGGAGAAUCAACAAAUCUUCCUGAAAGACCAGCUUUCCUCCUUCAUGAGAUGCUCUCACUGCCCAUAACUCCCCCACCGCCCACCAAGCCCCAUCCCCAAGCCCAUCCUAGUCCUUCCAAACACCUAGAAACACUUUCUCCCCAGGACCCCUAGUGGUCCCACCUGGCAGGGCAUAAGAAGCACACUUAAUACAUUCUAAGAUCCAGAAAAGGCAACAGAAAUCAAGGAACAGAAAAACCAGGUGACAAAGACAACACCUAGAAUUACAAUCAUCCCAAACCCAGGUGUCUAGACACCAGCAUCAAAACACAGUGAAAAAAACAAAAAACAAAAAACAAAAAACAGUGAAUAACAGCUAGAACAAGAGGUCAUUACCAGAACCCAGCUACCAUACUACAGUAGGCCAUGAGAAAUGUUUAAGCGAAGUACAUGACCAGGACUUACAACUAUUAUGAAUAUGGUCAAAGAUCUUUAAGAGAAAUUAAUAAACUAAUUUUAUUAAUUAAUGAAGUCUAUAAAAAUGAAAGCCAAGUGAAAUGAAAGGAAGAAAAAAGCUCAAGACAGGAGAACGGAAGUACAAUCAUUAAGGAAACUCGAACUGAGGGAAAUCUGGAAAUGAAAAACUCAAGCAGGAACUUUAGAGGCAAGCUUUACCAGCAGAAUACAAGAAACGUAUUCUCAGGUAUUGAAAACAGGAUAGAAAAACAUAGAUUCCUCGGUCAAUGAAAAUGUUAAAUCUAAAAAUAAAUAAAUAAAUAAACCCUCCUGACACAAUCCAGGAUAGUAUGAAAAGAUAAAUCCAAGAAUAAUAGAAAUAGAGGAUGGAAAUGAAACACAGAUCAAAGGCACAGAAAACAUUUUCAACAAAGUCAUAGAAGAAAAAUUCUCUAACUUAAAUAGAAGGAGAUGCUUGUCAAGGUACAAGAAGCAUAAAAACACCAAAUAGAUUAGACUAAAACAAAAGUCCCCUAAGCACACAAUAGUCAAAACACUAAAUGUACAGAAUAAAGAAAGAAUAUUAAAAGCUGCAGGGGAAAAAGAUCAAGUAACAUAUAAAGGCAGACCUAUUAGAAUUGCAUGACUUCUCAAUGGAGACUCUGAAAGCUAGAAGGGCAUGGACAGAUGCGCUGCAGACUCUAAGAGACCACAAACACCAGCCCAGACUACUAUACCCAACAAAACUUUCGUUCAACAUAGAUGGAAAAAAUAAGGUAUUCCAUGAUGAAGCUAAGUGUAAGCAUUAUCUAUCUACUAAUUUAGCUCAACCAUGUCAUUGCUGCUCUAACUACAGUACCCAGAAACUGGAAGCAUCCUAAAUGUCCAUCAACAAAGUAAUGAAUAGAGUGGUUUGUUUACAUAAUGGAAUAUUAAUUAGUGUUAAAACAAUAAUGAAUUUGGCAGGUAAAUGAAGCUAGACAAAAUCAUCCUGAGUGAAGUAACUCAGACCCAAAUAGGAAAUAUGGUAUGUGUUUGCUUAUAAGUGGACGUACCUGUUAAGUCCCCAAUAAAGAAGCUAUGAUCCAUAUAACCACAGAGGUUAGGUAUAGCAUAAGGGACUAGGUGGGAGGAAAGUUCUCUGGAAAAGAGCAGGUAAUUGUAUUUUAUGGAUGGAUGGGGUGGAGAGGUACUGCAACAGGAGAAUCCAACGAGCAGGAAGUGAGAAGAGGGCCAUAAAGGAGGGGAUUACAGGAUGGCACACUAAACCAAAGGGCCAUCAGUGAGAAGACAUGGACAUUCAAUAUAAUACAGGCUUCUUAUACACAUAUGUUUAAGAUAUCUAAAUUGGAAUCACCUAGUAAUGGGGAAGACAAAGCACCGAUUAGACAUCUCUCAAAUGAAACCUCUAACGCUGGUAAUGGAGUUUUCCACCCAAGGUACUGUAUAGAAACACCCAAACAACAUGGGCUAUUGGUUUCUCUCAGCUGUUGUUGAGUCCCAAAUGCCAAAGACAGAACCUACAUGACGCACCCAACACAGAGAAGUCAAGCUAGUGCCUACCUAGACCCUUCACCCCUACUGAAUAGUAUUCAUAGUACGGGAAGGCACUGCACACUACCAGAUCAGAAAGGUAAACACCAACCCAAUCUCAAAUUCUCGUGUCUACAGUAGUGACCUGCCUCUAAAAUAAGCUGGUACAACAGUGGCACAAAAGUUUCGGGAGUCACCAACCACUCCCUGAUUGAAAUUAAUGCCCGCUCCAUGACCAACACUGCCUGGGAAGCCAAGAACCUGAGGCUAUGUAGUAAAUGGAUCAAGGGGGAAACCAAAUAUUACUGUUUUGCUAAAGCAAUAUAGCAAUAACAAGACUCCUAACAACAGUGAAGCUUCUUCCUACAGUAGAUGGGAACACAUGGAGACCCACAACUGCAUAAUGUGUAGAGUAAGGCCUUAGACACUCAGCCCUAAAUGGGAUGUCUCCAUCAAAUCCCUCGCCUUAUGGGUCAGUGAACUCUGCAGAAGAGGAGGCAGAAAGAUCAUAAGAGCUAGUGGAGAUGGAAGACAGCAGGCAAACAAGGUCCCCUAGACACAGCAGGACUGAUGCACAGAUGCACUCACAGAGACAGUGAAGGGCACUCACAGUGGCUGCAUGCAUAGGACCCACACAGUUCUAAGACAAUACUGAGAGGGGAAAUGGAAGCAAUCCUCCAUCCCAAACCAGAAGCUUAUCCAACUGACAACUGCUCUUAGAGCAAAUAUUUCUUCCAGUGAAGUCUGAGUAUACAAACCACACUUAAGGGUAGUUCCACUGCCUAGCAAUAGACAGCCAACACGAAACAAAUUUAAUGGUAUUUUUAGAGAGUUUUUGCCCCACACUGCUUUGUCUGGACAUUUCUGUUUAACCUUAAAAAUCUUUUGCUUAAGUAUGAUGGUUUCUGCUUUUGUUUUUAUGUUUUGUGUAUCUGUGUGCAAAUGUCUCAUUGUGCUUCUAAUGCUCUUUUAUCCUGUUUAGGACAAAUCCUAUUGGUUUUUUUUUAAUCUUAUUUCAUCACCACCACCACCACCACCACCAUUAUCAUCAUCAUCAUCAUCAUUUUAGAUGCCUGUUUACAUUCUAAUAAGAGAAAAGAAAGAGUGUGGAUUUGGGUGAGUGGAGGACAUCAAGAAGUUGGGGGAAGAGAAACUAAUCGGGAUAUACAGUAUGAAAAAUUAUAUUUUCAAUUGAAACAAAGUUAAGUCCUUCCCUACUUAGUAUUGAUGCUCAAAUAUAAAUCACCCCAACACGGUUGUUGUUUAAAAAGUAUACACGUUGUUAAUGGGAAUCUGUUCUAACUAGCAAUGUAAAAUUAUCAGUUGUAGAGAAUAGUCUAAGAGCACAUGCUCUGUAGUUAGGCUGCCUGGAACAAAAAUCUGUCACUUACAAGUCGUUUAACCCAAUGACUCAAUGAACUCGAUCUGUACAAAAGGAAACAAAACUCAUAGGGAAACACUAGGAUCCCACGUUUGUUGAGGAAUAUUUUUGACAGCCUUUGAAACACAGCUACCCAAUCCAUAGAACUCUGUAAAUACGAACUGCCAUUAAGAAGCUUCAGCAACAUUUCGUAAACCAGUAAGUCAGCCAUUGCGUAUAAUUACACAGGUUUUCGGCAUAAGGAAUCGUACAGACAUCUGCUACCCAACUCCACGUAUUGCAGGCAUAUGGUCCCCUCUGGAAACUGGACCUGUUUUGUGUUUUUGUUUUUUCAAAGCCGGCGCCUUUCAUUCAAUUAAUUACAACCUCCACUUUCCAGAAAUCUCUGUAGUCCGUAGAAAAAGAAGCUUCAGAAGAUUUUUCUGGCCAGUGUUAGUUUCCACACAGUAAUCUCCGAGCGGGGAAAAAAAAAAAAAAAAGCGCAGACUUGGAGGAGGCGGAGCCUGCGGACCUUAGCCAAGGGCCCGGGACCCGCGGCCUGAGAGGGCCAGAAAGUGGGCGUGGACGGUAACGAGCGAGGCCCAGACCAGGAAGAGGUGCUGCCCGGAGCAUGCCUGACGCGAUGUCAGCACGACCUAACUGCAUUUUCACUUUCCAAGCUCACAACGGUAUAGUCCCCUACUUUCCAAUAUUUAAAUUAUUAUGUACUGUCUGUGUGUCGUUUCUGUGUUUUCCCUUGGGGCAAAAGAUGAAACUCUUCAGUCAGGCAGAUACAAGGCACCAACAGAGAGCAGACGCGUCGGAGGUGGGGUCCUUUGCUCGCGCCGAAAUUCAAAGAAACAGUUCCGGCACGGUUGUUGGCUACGGCGGAUGCUGUGGCCGGGAUGUUGGCGUUCUCCCGGUAGCUCCCGAAUACAGACCUGGCCUGUAGCUUGCUGCCUAACAGGCUUAACCCAAGACAGUAUAAAAAAUGUAUGUUAAAUCAAUCAUUCUCGAAGGAUUCAAGUCCUAUGCACAAAGGACUGAAGUCAAUGGUUUUGACCCCCUCUUCAAUGCGAUCACUGGUUUGAAUGGUAGUGGAAAAUCCAAUAUAUUGGAUUCCAUAUGCUUUCUCCUAGGCAUCUCCAACCUGUCUCAGGUUCGGGCUUCAAAUUUACAAGAUCUGGUUUAUAAAAACGGACAGGCUGGAAUCACCAAAGCCUCUGUUUCAAUCACUUUUGAUAAUUCUGACAAAAAGCAGAGUCCAUUAGGAUUUGAAGCUCAUGAUGAAAUCACUGUAACAAGACAGGUGGUUAUUGGUGGCAGAAAUAAAUACUUAAUCAAUGGAGUGAAUGCCAACAACACCAGAGUCCAGGAUCUCUUUUGUUCUGUGGGCCUGAACGUGAAUAACCCUCACUUUCUCAUCAUGCAGGGCAGAAUUACGAAAGUAUUAAAUAUGAAACCACCAGAGAUAUUAUCCAUGAUCGAAGAAGCUGCUGGAACCAGGAUGUAUGAGUACAAAAAAAUAGCUGCCCAGAAAACUAUAGAAAAAAAGGAGGCUAAGCUGAAAGAAAUAAAAACGAUACUGGAAGAAGAGAUUACGCCAACAAUUCAAAAAUUAAAAGAGGAAAGAUCUUCUUACUUGGAGUACCAGAAAGUGAUGCGUGAGAUCGAGCAUCUGAGCCGUUUAUAUAUUGCCUAUCAGUUUUUGCUGGCUGAAGAUACCAAGGAACGCUCAGCUGGGGAGCUAAAGGAAAUGCAGGAUAAAAUAUUAAAGCUUCAAGAAGUACUGUCAGAGAAUGAAAAAAAGAUAAAGGCUCUCAAUUGUGAAAUAGAAGAAUUGGAGAAGAGAAAAGAUAAGGAAACUGGAGGCAUCCUCCGAUCUUUAGAGGAUGCUUUUGCAGAAGCUCAGCGAGUUAAUACUAAGUCUCAAAGUGCAUUUGACCUCAAGAAGAAAAACCUAGCCAGUGAAGAAACCAAGCGCAAAGAGCUAGAGAAAAACAUGGCUGAGGACUCUAAAGCAUUAGCAGCAAAGGAAAAGGAAGUUAAGAAGCUAACCGAUGGACUGCACGGCCUUCAAGAAGCAAGCAAUAAAGAUGCGGAAGCUCUGGCCGCCGCCCAGCAGCACUUCAAUGCAGUGUCUGCUGGCUUGUCCAGUAAUGAAGAUGGAGCAGAGGCAACUCUGGCCGGGCAGAUGAUGGCCUGUAAGAACGACAUCAGCAAAGCGCAGACCGGGGCCAAGCAGGCUCAGAUGAAGUUGAAACAUGCCCAACAGGAACUGAAGAAUAAACAAGCAGAAGUUAGGAAGAUGGAUAGUGGGUACAAGAAGGAUCAAGAAGCUUUUGAAGCUGUGAAAAAAGUUAAAGAAAAACUUGAAACCGAAAUGAAGAAGCUAAAUUACGAAGACAACAAAGAGGAAAGGCUUUUGGAAAAGCACAGGCAGGUGUCUCGUGACAUCAGUAAUCUAAAAGGAACCUACGAAGCUCUCUUGGCCAAGUUUCCCAAUCUUCGAUUUGCAUACAAGGACCCAGAGAAGAACUGGAAUCGAAAUUGUGUAAAAGGACUUGUAGCUUCUCUGAUAAAUGUGAAAGAUAAUUCUACAGCCACAGCUCUGGAAUUGGUGGCUGGAGAACGACUCUACAAUGUUGUAGUAGACACAGAGGUUACUGGUAAGAAACUAUUAGAAAAGGGGGAAUUGAAGCGUCGAUACACAAUAAUUCCUCUCAAUAAGAUUUCAGCCAGAUGUAUUGCUCCUGAAACUCUGAGGGUCGCUCAGAAUCUUGUUGGUCCUAACAAUGUUCAUGUAGCUCUUUCCUUGGUUGACUACAAACCAGAACUUCAGAAAGCGAUGGAAUUUGUCUUCGGAACAACAUUUGUUUGUAACAAUAUGGAUAAUGCCAAAAAAGUGGCCUUUGAUAAAAGAAUAAUGACCAGAACUGUAACCCUUGGGGGUGAUGUAUUUGAUCCUCAUGGAACAUUGAGUGGAGGUGCUAGGUCCCAGGCGGCUUCUAUUUUAACCAAGUUUCAAGAACUCAAAGAUGUUCAAGCUGAGCUGAGGACAAAGGAGAAAGAACUGCAGGCUCUGGAAGAGGAAUUGGCUGGUCUUAAAAAUGUCGCUGAAAAGUAUCGCCAACUGAAACAGCAGUGGGAGAUGAAGACAGAGGAGGGAGAUUUGUUGCAAACCAAACUUCAGCAAAGCUCUUACCAUAAGCAGCAAGAAGAAUUAGAUGCCCUUAAAAAAACCAUUGAGGAAAGUGAGGAGACAUUAAAAAACACAAAAGAAAUCCAAAAGAAAGCUGAAGAAAAAUAUGAGGCAUUGGAGAAUAAAAUGAAAAAUGCAGAAGCUGAAAGAGAGAAAGAACUGAAGGAUGCUCAGAAAAAACUGGAUUGUGCCAAAACAAAGGCUGAUGCAUCUAGCAAGAAAAUGAAAGAAAAGCAACAGGAGGUUGAAGCUAUCACUCUGGAGCUAGAGGAGCUCAAAAGAGAGCAUGCAUCUAACGAACAGCAGCUUGAUGCUGUGAAUGAAGCCAUCAAAGCCUAUGAAGGGCAGAUUGAAAUAAUGGCAGCUGAGGUGGCCAAAAACAAGGAAUCAGUUAAUAAAGCUCAAAAUGAGCUGAUGAAGCAAAAAGAAAUAAUAAGUGCCCAGGACAACAUAAUUAAAGAUAAAUGUGCGGAAGUGGCAAAACACAAUUUGCAAAACAAUGAUUCUCAGCUUAAAAUUAAGGAGUUAGACCACAGCAUAAGCAAACACAAGCGGGAAGCUGACGACGCUGCUGCGAAGGUAUCCAAAAUGUUGAAUGAUUAUGACUGGAUUAAUGCUGAGAAACACCUCUUUGGCCAACCUAAUAGUGCCUAUGAUUUCAAAACAAACAACCCCAAAGAAGCUGGCCAGAGACUUCAGAAGUUGCAAGAAGUAAAAGAGAAACUAGGGAGAAAUGUCAACAUGAGAGCUAUGAAUGUGCUGACAGAAGCGGAAGAGCGGUAUAAUGAUUUGAUGAAGAAGAAAAGAAUUGUAGAAAAUGACAAAUCCAAAAUCCUUGCAACUAUAGAAGAUCUUGACCAGAAGAAAAAUCAGGCCCUAAAUAUUGCUUGGCAAAAGGUGAACAAAGACUUUGGCUCUAUUUUUUCUACCCUUUUGCCUGGUGCCAAUGCUAUGCUUGCACCACCAGAAGGGCAGACAGUUUUAGAUGGUCUGGAGUUCAAGGUUGCCUUAGGAAAUACAUGGAAAGAAAACCUAACUGAGCUUAGUGGUGGUCAGAGGUCUCUGGUGGCUCUCUCACUAAUAUUGUCCAUGCUCCUCUUCAAACCUGCUCCAAUUUAUAUCUUGGACGAGGUGGAUGCGGCCUUAGAUCUUUCUCAUACCCAGAACAUCGGACAGAUGCUGCGAACUCACUUCACACAUUCUCAAUUCAUUGUGGUAUCCCUCAAAGAAGGUAUGUUCAACAAUGCAAACGUUCUCUUCAAAACCAAGUUUGUGGAUGGUGUUUCUACAGUAGCCAGAUUUACACAGAGUCAAAAUGGGAGGAUUCCAAAGGAGGCAAAGGCCAAGGGCAAAGGACCCAGCUGAGUGCAUGCCAGAAGUUCAGAGUGCGGGCGUCUCACCUUGACCUUUUACACAUGAACGUUUUCAAGGAUUUGGGAUCUAAAGUUGUUUAUAUAAUAAUGUUAACAUUAUUUCCAUAAGUAAUUUUUGUAGCACCGGUAAAAGAGCAGAUUCCUCUUUUUUUACCUAGUGUGAUUAUGGUCCAAUUAUUGUAGUUGUGAUUGCAUAUUUUUCUUACAAAAAUCUUUUUUAUGUAUUAAAGAACCUGAGGUACAUCGAGUUGGUAAAUUCUGUAUGCAAAUGCCAAAAUACAAAGAAACAGAUGAAGUUAUAGGAUAAAUAUAGCUGAUAGUCAGCUUUUAACUAGUUUAAUUUCUAAGGACAGUAUUAAUGAGUCUUCUUUUGCUUAUAAAAUCAUUCGAAUACAGAGUAUUUAUAAAGAAAGUCACUGGGCCAACAAAGGGGGAACAUAGCAAUUAUGCAUACACAAAGCUAUUUGAGGUCGGUCCUUGUAGGGAUGCAAUGCCAGAUCCUUGGAUGGGAAAUGGACCUGGAAACAAUUUUUCACUGUAAUGAUGUUGGACUAUCAUGUUUAUGCAUGUUUAAUAAUUGAUCUCACAAGCUUGAAAUUUGCAUGUUUUUUAUCUUUGAGUAUUUUAGUAGAAACCUGGGAAGAAAUGUGUUACAUAGUAUUAUACCUAGAUUGCUCUAUCUGAAGUCCUGUAAUAUUUUUUAAGAUUUUUAUCAGACUCUCAUAGUCUAAUCAAUAAUUUUUUGGACCUAGCAGAUUAAAUGAAAAGUAUAUUUUAUAAGAGUCUGAUAAACCUAAAUAAGUCUGCCUUUUCUACCAAGAAAGUCUCCAAAGCUUGAUGAUUGCUGAAAUUCUUGGUGCCUUCGGCUUGUCCAGGUUGAAAGUAAACUCCUUUAGAAAGCAGGAGGGGGCCAGUACACACCCUGAGAGCCUGCAGCUCGUACUGUCUCUACAGACAUUUCCACGUCAGCACAGUCAUGCUCGUAGUUUUCAGAGCUCUAAUGUGACCUGAUCUGAUUUAAUGAUUGUGGCCCUAUUUCUUCCUGAUACUUAGCCUUCAGUGUUUUGCUGUUCUACUUUCUUUGAUGCACCAUACAGGCCCUGAGUUGGACAUUUCUCAAACUUCAUUUGCCAUAUAUAUCUGUGAUGUUACAUAGACCUUAAGUAAUUUGUACCCUUGGACAUUUUGGAAAUUAUUUCAUCUGGAGGGAAGAGACAGUAAGCUGUAAUAUUCACUGAGCGAUAGUAAAGAUCACAGAUAAUGAACCUACACAAUGUUUUGUUUUCCAAGGUCUUAUAAACUGUUGGUCAAAACAGUUGUGUUUAUUACACUGUCACUGAUACAGUAUUCUAAUUUGAUCACAAUCUAAUCAAUGCCAGCUGCUAAUAUUUUGUAUUAGGCAGUUAUAAAACAGCAUUGAAUUCCUGUCUUAACAAACUACUUUGUUUGAUUUCCUUUGUGUAUAAAUUAUUUCCUUGUAUGCAUUUCUGUUUUGUGUUCUUUUGUUUUUGUAUUAUAUAUAGUUUCACUCUUGAAAUUUUUGUGCAUAUAUUAAAUUUCUUUGAGGCAUAUUAAA